AUGUUUCCAGUCCUGGCUGCUGAUACACCACCAGCAGAUACACCUCCUGCUGAUACGCCUCCUGCAGAUACACCUCCUGCUGAUACUCCUCCCGCUGAUACACCUCCUGCCGAUACUCCUCCAGCUGAUACACCUCCAGCUGAUACUCCCCCAGCUGAUACUCCUCCAGCUGAUACUUCCCCAGCUGAUAAUCCUCCUGCAGACACACCACCCGCUGACACUCCUCCAGCCGAUACUCCUCCAGCAGAGACUACAACAACCGCCCCAGUCAGAGCAACAACUAAAAAACCCACAACUGCAACCCGGAGGCCUGCAACUAAGAAACCAGUUGCCAAAAAGCCUGCAGCUAAAAAACCUGUCAAUAGAAAGCCAGCAAAUAAAAGGCCAGCCCAGAAGAAACCCGCCAAUAAGAGAAGACCACAGGCCAAGAAUGUUAAUAGGAUUCGAAACAGAAAUGUACAAGUUGCCAAAACCAAUGGCCCUGUUAAACAAACUAGCAUCUUAAGAUUAGUUAUCCAUACUUAA